AUGAAAACUCAUCAUAAAAUCAACUCAAUUGAAAUGUGCUUCAAUCCUCUUCCAGAGAAAUGUGUAAGAAAUUUUAAAAAAGGAACACGUAGAGUAUUGGGGUUUAACUUUGAGAGCUUUCAGCAGCUCCAAGCUCUGAUAUUUGCUGUGGAAGAGAUCAACAAUAAUUCCAAUAUUCUCCCCAACAUCACUUUGGGAUUCCAAAUUUAUGACUCUUGUGGUGUUCUCCAGCAAGACCUGAAAGGGACUCUGCAAGUGCUGACUGGAUGGAACUGGGCCAUCCCCAAUUACCGAUGUCUACAUGAUGUUCCUCUCACUGCUAUCAUUGGUCACUCUAUUUCUACACACUCAAUUCUCCUGGCUCAUAUUUUGGGGCUCUACAGAUAUCCACAGAUAAGUCAUUUUUCAACCAGUCCCCUCCUUAGUGACCGAAGACAAUUUCCUUCCUUCUUUAGGACUGUCCCAAGUGAUUCAUUCCAGACUAUAGGACUUGCUAAACUGGUGAUACACUUUGGUUGGACUUGGCUGGGGCUAUUGGCUAUAGAUAAUGACUAUGGUCAGCAGGGAAUACAGCUGGUCAAACAAGAAAUAAUCAAGGCUGGUGCAUGUGUGGCCUUUACUGAGAACAUUCUUAUUAGUCAACCAAAUCGUAAUGCUCCAUAUAUUGUAAAAAUCAUGAAGGAGUCAAAUGUCAAAGCUAUUGUCAUCUUUUCAUCUGCUGUUGACUUGAUUCCUAUUUUUGAUGAGAUGCUGGUACAGAAUGUAACUGGAAAAACAUUGAUUGCUAGUGAAGCUUGGUCUACGUCUGAUCUUUUCUUAGAGAGGAAAUAUUCAAGUCUUCUUUCAGGCACUGUUGGAUUAGCUCUUUACAGUGGAAUAAUUACAGGUUUCGAAGAGUUUUUGGGAAGAAUCCAUCCAUCUAUGUCUCAUGGAGGAAACUGGAUGCGAGGACUCUGGGAGAAAAUCUUUAGAUGCAAAUUCUCAGAUCAGCAAAACAUUACAGACUCAUUGAAUGAUCAAAUCAAACAAUGUACUGGGAUAGAAAAUCUAGAAAAUAUCCAGAAGAUUUAUGAUAUAUUAAGCUUAAGAGUUUCUUACUAUGUCUACACUGCUGUACAUGUUGUAGGUAAAGCUAUGGACAGUUUACAAAAAUGCAUUAAAGAAAACACUAUGGGAAAGUGCCCAGAUGUUCUGAAUUUUAAACCAUGGCAGCUCUUGCACUACGUAAAAAAUGUGAAGGUUCUGCUGACCAGUGGAAAGGAGAUUUCGUUUGAUGAAAAUGGGGAUCCGCCAGCAAUGUAUGACAUUGUAAAUUGGCAGCUGAGCUCAAGUGGUAUAAUGAAGCAUGCCAAGGUGGGCAGUUAUGACACCGCAGCUCUACCAGGACAACACUUCAUUAUCAACACCAGUGCCCUGUGGUGGGCUACUGAAGACCAAAAGGUCCCUUUGUCCAUUUGCAGUCCAAACUGUCCACCAGGUUUCAGAAAAGUUGUUUUAAGAGGAGAACUUGUCUGCUGUUUCCGUUGUGUCCCCUGUCCUCAGGGUGAGAUUUCAAACCAUACAGAUGCUCUUGGCUGCAUCAAAUGUCCUGCAGACAAGUGGCCAAAUCUUCAAAAAUCUGAAUGUCUUCCAAAGACCAUUGAGUACUUGUCCUUUGAUGAUCCAUUAGGAGCAACAUUAGCUUCAACUAGCAUUAUAUCUUCCUUGGUUCCUGUUAUCAUCUUGAGACUUUUUAUCCAGUAUAAAACCAGCCCUAUAGUGAAAGCAAACAACUACUAUUUAAGCUGUCUUCUCUUAGUAUCUAUAUCUCUCUGUUUUCUCUGCACCCUUAGUUUUAUUGGGUACCCCCAAAAACAAAAUUGUCUACUACGCCAAAUAGGAUUUGGCAUGGUCUUUGCACUCUGUAUCUCUUGUAUCUUGGCCAAAACCAUUAUGGUGGUUCUUGCUUUCAUGGCCAGUAAACCUGCGAGCAACCUUAGGAAAUGCGCUAGUCCUUUUGUGUCCUACAUGGUUAUCUUUAUUUGCUCCCUUUUACAAUUCAUUAUUUGUGUAUCUUGGGUAUUUUUCUCCCCUUCAUUCCCUGAGCUGAAAAUCGAAUCCUUUUCCAGACUUAUUAUCAUUCAAUGCAAUGAGGGAUCACCAGAAGCCUUCUGGAGCAUGUUGGGGUACCUAGGUGUUCUGGCCACUGGAAGCUUUAUUGUUGCAUUUUUUGCAAGAAAACUUCCUGAUAGUUUUAAUGAAGCCAAAUGUAUCACCUUUAGUAUGUUUGCCUUUCUUUGUGUUUGGAUGUCUUUUAUAGCAGCCUAUCUUAGCUCGAGUGGGAAGAACACAGUGGUAAUGGAGGUCUUUGCCAUUUUAUUUUCUAGCUGGGCCCUAUUAAUUUGCAUGUUUGCACCAAAGUGUUUUGUCAUAUUGCUCAGACCCAACAUGAACACAAGAGGCCAUCUAAUGAGGAAAAUUAGAACUGUGACUGUCAAUACCAAAAUAAUUUAUAUAUAA